AUGGACGCUUUUUUGCAAAAUUUACCAAAAAUUGAAUUGCAUGCUCACCUCAAUGGGUCCCUGAAUACCCAAUCAAUUAAAGAACUCGGCCAGCAAUUGUAUGGCGAAAAUAGUGAACAAUUUUUAAAAUUAUGUGAAAAAUUCAUAGAAUUUGAUAACACAGAUUUGGAUUAUUGUUUUCAAAAGUUUGCCUUUAUGCACGAGUUAACUUCAACUACAAAGGGUUUAAAACUUGCAUGUGAGAUGGUGAUAAGGGACUUUGCCAAGGAUAAUGUGAUUUAUUUAGAACUAAGGACUACACCCAAACUAAAUGAGAAUAUGACACGCCGGGAAUACAUAAAGCUUAUAAUCGAGGCUAUACAGGAAUAUAGCGAAAAGUAUAGUAUUAUGGUAAAGCUUUUAAUAUCUAUUGAUCGUGCCCAAUCGGUGGAGAGUGCUGAGGAAAUUGUCAAUUUAGCCGGGGAUUUUAAUGAGAAAUACCCCGAUAUAGUCAAGGGCGUAGAUUUAAGUGGCAAUCCCAACAAAGGCAAGUUCAAUGAUUUUAUAAAUGUUUUUAGCAAAGCCAAGCAAUCUAUGUUAAAUUUAGCAUUGCACUGUGCUGAAGUCUCAAAUCCGGAGGAGACUCAAGAAAUGUUAGAUUUUGGUUUUCAGCGCUGUGGCCACGGCACAUUUUUAAACCAAGUCCAGCUACAACAGUGCCUACAAAGUCAUAUUACCAUAGAGUGCUGUUUAACCAGUAAUGUGAAAUGUGGCACAGUUACCUCCUAUGACAGCCAUCAUUUUAAAUAUUUAUUUCAAAAUAAAAUUAAAGCAGUUUUAUGCACAGACGAUAGCGGCGUAUUCGAUACUACGUUGACGGAAGAAUUCAAAUUAGCUUGUAAACAUUUUGAAUUAAACAAAACUGAUAUUAACAUACUAUCGCUUAAUGCAAUUGAAGCCUCUUUUGCCAGUCAACAAGAAAAGUAUAUCUUAAGGCAACACAUUGAAAAGUAUUUUAAACAAACCAAUGAAGUUUAUAAAUAAACACAAUUUUUAUUAUGUAAACUCAUCCGUUUGAGAGACAA